CAGGAAGGCUCCAGGGCUGUGAAUUGGGCACAAGUGGAGCUUAGAGCGUAUUAAUGCACUUUACAAUUGCGAAUACGCAGUCUCUCCGCAGAAGCUGAGCCUCUGUUUACGCCUUAUAUCAGCUCGUGCCUCGUGUCACUUCUCGGGCCCCUCUGUUGGCAACUACAUCCCUCCUUCUCCACCCCUCCACAACUACUACACCUCACUAUGGCAUACAACAAAGGCUUCAACCCGGACAGGCUGCCCGCGCAUGCGGAGCCAGAGCAGGCCGCGCAAAUGAUGUCUCAAUCCUCCCGUCCUCCUCGAACCUCCAGCGCCAGACCCGACUACAACAAACCGCCGCCGCCUGUUCCCAGCUCACAGCAGUCGUACCGCCCUGAAGAGCGCUACGGCGGUCGCCCUGUAAGCUACGACAGCAGGCCUCCUCCUGGCGCAUACAACGACCGCUACGACUCACGCUACACCGACUCACGCUACAACGACUCACGGCCCAGCGUUGGGAGCCCGCCGCCUGCGAACUAUGGACAUGGACCGCCGCCGCAGAGUUAUCAUGGUCGGCCGCCGAUAAGUCAGCAGCAGAGGCCGCCGCCUACGCCUGCGCCGCCCAGGGACGCGAACGAUAGGGAUGCGCUGUGGAGGCUGUUUGGGGCUGUGGACAAGGAUGGCAGUGGGAGUCUGACUGAGGCUGAACUGAGGACUGCGCUUGUGAAUGGUGACUGGAGUCCUUUUGAUCCGCAUACUGUGCGCAUGAUGAUCAGAAUGUUUGAUACUGAUCGCUCUGGCUCUGUGAACUUUGACGAGUUCUGCGGGCUAUGGGGCUUCCUCUCCGCAUGGCGCGGGCUCUUCGAUCGCUUCGACGCCGACCACAGCGGAUCCAUCUCCUACGUGGAAUUCAACGAAGCCCUGGUCGCUUUUGGAUACCGCCUGUCACAGCAAUUUGUUACGCUCCUGUACCGCACAUACGACCGUGGCGGCCAGAACGCGAUGAGUUUCGAUUUGUUCGUGCAGGCGUGUAUCAGUCUUAAGAGGAUGACAGACGUGUUCAAGAAGUAUGAUGAGGAUCGUGAUGGGUACAUCACGCUGAGCUUCGAGGAGUUCCUGACAGAAAUCAUCCGUCAACGUUGAGCGAACGAACAGCACCUGGAUUGGCAGACCACCGCUUCAGGAGUUUUUGGAAAGCGUGCUGGAAGCCUCGGAAACCCGACUGUCAAACGGUUGUCAAAUCCGGAAGAGAUGGGAU